CCACAAACCACCACACAAUCCCCAACUUCACAACCUCCUCCCACGCCUCAUAAUGGCGUCCACAAAAACCGCGACGUCGACUCCCGCACUCUCCUUCCCGCGCCCAAUCUUCGCCGCAAUAUCCCCGCACCCCUUCCUCCAAGCUCACCUCUCCGCUCCAGGAGCCAAUAAAGGAUUCCGCGCCAACGCUCGCUCGGCUCAGGAAUUCCGGACCCCGGGUAUCAAGACCGGGACGCUGACCCAUUGCCAUGGUAGUGCGGUUGUAAGACUCGGGAAUACGAGUGUAGUGUGUGGUGUACGCGGGGAGAUUUUGAGGGUGGAGGAUGUUCAGGAUUUGCCUGCUGUGGCCGCGACGGACGGGGUAGUUGGAGGUAUAGAUGGGGUUGGUGCGCAGGAGGACGAAGAGGAGGAUGAAGAGGAGGAUGAGGGGGAGCUGGAGGGAUUGAGAUUGCUCGUCCCUAAUUUGGAGUUGAAUACUGGCAGCGCACCAUCUAACAUCCCCGGCUCCGCACCUAGUGCAGCCGCACAGACACUGAUAACAAGGAUUCGAUCUCUACUCCUGUCUACCCGUCUCAUCCGCGCGAAAGAUCUGAGGAUAGCAUUUACCCCGCUGCCUCUUAACACCAACGAUCCUGACAAUCCCCCCGACACAGAGUCCCAGCCAGUCCCAGAAGUAAAAGCGUACUGGACCCUCUACCUCGACAUUCUCUUCAUCUCGCUUGACGGCUCCGCCUUCGAUGCCGCCUGGCUCGCUAUCCUCGCCGCGCUAAAAGACACCGUCCUUCCCAAAGCGAGUUGGGAUGAGGAUGUCGAGAUGGUGUUGUGUUCGGAUAAGUUUUCGGAUGCUGAACGUCUGCGUCUGCGGGGAUUGCCGGUUGCUAGUACUUUCGCUGUGUUUGAAGGAAGGGGUGACGAUUUGAAAGAUGUGGAUAUGGAUGAGGAUGGGGAUAAGGGCCCAGAUUGGGUUCUAAGUGAUCCUGAUGCGUUCGAAGAGGGGGUUUGUAGGGAGGGUGUUUGUAUUGUUUUAGAUUGUUCGGAUCGGAGGAAGAAAGCCAGAGGGCAGAUACGAAGGAUCGAGAAGUCCGGUGGUGGGGUUGUUGAUAGGGAUGUUAUGAAAGAUUUGGUUACGAGGAGUUUUGAGCGCUGGGCUGUAUGUGAGAGGGUAUUGAGAGGAGUUGGAGAGGCGACGGUGUGAGGGUUAAGUUUAUGAUACCCCAAGGAUGCUGGAUUUGGUGGAUGGUAAUAUGAAGAUCAAAUGCACUCCUCCGGUGGAUGAGUGUCGUAUAAACAGCCGGUGUUGCAGCGAGUACUACGGACGGACGUAUUAUGC